AUCUUCACUCGCUUUCUUUCUCAUCCAUUUUACUGCUUUCAGCCAUCAAGUGUUUCUGCCACUCAGUCUGAGUUACAGAUGACGCACCAACCACGCAGCUGGAUUGCUCGUGAUGCCUGUGUUGACACUAGCGAGUUGCGCUGCUUCACUGGACCUAUCCCUCAAGUACUCACCAUCUGCCAGCCAAUAAACAUGUGUUUCAGCCAUCUAACUUCAAUCCACUUAGAAAAGGUGAAUGUCGAAUUUUCGUCGGGUUUUUUAUGUUGA